UAAUAUUAUUUUUUUAUAAAAAAAAUUCUCUUUUUUUUUUUUUUAUUAUAUCGUGGUAAAGUGGGGUGCCCUGGAGGUGGCAGCCGGGUGGCCAAGCCGUGCUGGCUGAUAUGUGCUCCUAAUUUCAUGCAGACGGCAGCGUGCGGAAUUGGCGUCCUAUUCUCCGUACGGUGUUGGCGUUUGUGAUAAUGCACAAGAAGAUGCUCCGUGACAAACUGAUGUCUGCUGAAAAAUCACCUAAACGGAAAUAAAAAUAAAAGCUCUCCUUUCCGACGCGACCGACAAACCCAAUCUGUAGAUAAACCCAGUUGUUUGAAGAGGUUCUCACCCAGAAAUAAAAGUGACUGAAUUAAGCAGCUUCGGUGGUUUCCCCCCUCUUUCCCCCUCCACCCCCUUCCACUUACCCUCAGAAAUGUCCAAUAUGAACACGAAUGUCUGCGUGGAGAAUGGACAGAACCCCGAGGCUGCCGUGCUCUCCAAGGAUAACCUAGUGGAGGGGGCUUUAAACAGCCUCAUGGAUUACAAUUCGGAAAUGGAAAGGUAUAGGUCCUUUGCAACGUUUUACAAAACGAAUGGUGCAUUUCCUCAGGCUGCUAAAAUUGCCAGGAUCACCACCCCCAUCUUCCCCAGUGCCCGGAUAGGCAUGUCUCCUUGGAACUGUGAUAAUGCAAUGCUUUGGGGGAGGAAAUCAGCCGCUAUCAACCCUAAUAGGACCAGCAUGCACAGAAACGACUCCCAAAGGCUGGGGAAGCCUGGCGCAACGCCAGAGUCGUUGCAAAUGGCAAAUAAUAAUUUCCUUUCCACCUUAUCCCCUGAACACUGCAGACCUUUGGCAGGGGAAUGCAUGAACAAGCUCAAAUGCGGCGCCACUGAAGCAGAGAUAAUGAAUCUCCCUGAACGCGUUGGAACUUUUUCCGCUAUUCCGGCUCUAGGGGGCAUCUCAUUACCUCCAGGGGUCAUCGUCAUGACAGCCCUUCACUCCCCCGCAGCAGCCUCGGCAGCCGUCACAGACAGUGCGUUUCAAAUUGCCAAUCUGGCAGACUGCCCGCAGAAUAAUUCUUCGGGAGCUGGCGGGAACCCUGCCAAGAAGAAGAGGAAAAGGUGUGGGGUCUGUGUGCCCUGCAAGAGGCUCAUCAACUGUGGAGUCUGCAGCAGUUGCAGGAACCGCAAAACAGGACACCAGAUCUGCAAAUUUAGGAAAUGUGAAGAGCUUAAGAAAAAACCUGGCACUUCACUAGAGGGCAAUUGGCACUUUUAAGAAGCUCCUCUGGCGUCAUUUGAGAACACCAGUCCCGAGCGCUGAAGCAUUCCGGUGGUUCUUUUAAGCAGAUGUAUAUCUUAUUUUCAAGGCACUCUGAAGUGAUUGACAAGCACUGGUCUUGUUUUGGGAACUGCAAAGUCCAUGACUGAAGAAUAUGCUGAGACACUAUUUCCGUCUGUGUACAGGGGUUUCCUCAAAAGAAAAAAUAUGAAUAAUAUAAAAAAAAAAAAAUCAUAAAAAAAAUCACUGGAGCCUGGCUGGUUUACCUAUGUUUAGUACACAGGUUCUUUCUUUAUGUACUUUAGCUAUAAUUAACAGUGAAAUUGUUGUCUACUUUAAAGUGACUGCAAAAGGAAAGGUUUGGGUAAACCCCUGCUGUAAUAUGAUGUAUCUUUGAAAAAAAAUUAACAUAUCUAUACUUAAUUUCCAAAUAUGUGUUUCAGUACUGUAAACUGUACAGAUAGCAGCUUGUAUUUUGUGUGUUUAGACACGAGGAGACAAUCAUGUCUGAGCAUCUAUAUGAAGAUUAACAGUUUGUACGCAGCAGUGAGGUUCUGCAACUUAAAUCUGGAGCAAUAAAUUCUAGCUUUAAACAUUAUUUUGCCAGCUGGUUAGUCACAGCAGCAACAGCACUGUCUUUUAUUUAUUUUUAUUUUUUUUAAUUUUAAUUUUACUUUUUUUAUAUUUUUCAUUUUGUUUUUGUUUUGCUCUGUAUACAUUCCCAGUGGCUUGAUUUACAGAAUGUUCUUCAAGGUCAAAAAGAAUUGUACUGCAUCCAUUGACUACUCCCAAAGAAGCCAACUGAACUGUAUGUAGAGUAUUAGCUGCCAAUCUUGGCACUAUUCCCAUGUUUCCAAGGUCCUUCUCUUCAUGGACCUGAGGCACAAUCCAGACAAAACGUUCUGACCUUUACGUGGGUGAGCACUUGUGAUUUUUAAAUAAAAAGGAUAUCCCUUCCGAAGCACUUACCACAGAUGACCCACUUUCCAGCGCUUUGUAGACCAGUGUGAAAGCAGCAUAUGGUAUUGUCGUUUGUCCGCUAGGACCAGUCUUUUGAAUUAUUUGUUCAGGGAAACAGAAGUGUACUGUGACCAUGUAAUUGAGUACAUGCCUUCUGGUCAAGUUUUUUUUCUAUAGUAACUGUAAACACUGUAAAAUAUAAAUGCAUUCUCACUGUAAUGACAAGAGUCAAACACACAUAUAUAUUCCUGUAUAUAUGUCAUCUACCAAAAAAGGUAGGGCACUCCAGACUUGAGGCGCAUUGAGAAGUAUUUAUGAGGGAUCAUUCAGAUUUUGUAACAUAUUUGUAACACACAUCUCUAGUUUACCUAAAGGUGUUUUAUAGAAGAAAGAAUCUUGCAAAUCAGUACAUAUAUUAUGUCAAUAGGCUUAUUCAAUAAAGCUAUUCAAAAGGAAGUGGUUAUAUUCAAAUACAAAAACUCAGAAACCAAUAAUAUUUUAGUUGAAACAGCAACCUUGAUUGGUUACUAUUAAGGAAGAGCUUAGGCGUGUUCGCAAGCCUCACGUGCAAAGCCCGCCAGGAAGUUGGCACUUCAUAACGCUAAUCACAAGCAGUGAGACAUUUCCCGAUCUCUGCAGCCACGCUU